UGGUCUGCAACAGCAAAGUCUAGGCCCGUAUAUUCCCUGCGAGACGAUGGUAUCCAUCGCAUUAUCCACAUACCCGGAUGAUUUUAUACAGUUCAAGACCAUCAACAAGGUUGCGUUGAAUGACUUACCUUUUGUACCACCUGUCAAACGGAACGGCAUCAAAGAUCUAAUGACUCCAAACACAUUCACCGACACCAGUUGA